AUGGUUGACGAGCCCGAUACGGGCAGAGUACUGGAGACAGGCGUCGUGGAGCCCAGACCGGUGGCGCUGGAAGAUCGAGUCGAUGAUACGGGCGAGGUGGGGUUGACGAUUGAGGAGAAGACUGAAGAUACGCUGGAUGACAGGCUCGAUGCUGAUGAGGAGGAGACCGAUGAGGCAGAAGAUCCGCUUGACUGUGGAAUGUUAGAAGUGGACAACUCGCCCGAAACGAUGCUACUUGCUGAGGAAGGUGUGGGGGAAGUAUAUGUGGAAGAAAGGGACGAAGAUGCAGGAGAAGGCGAUGAAGGGCCAAUCGAUUGCGACGCGCUAGAAAGCAGUGAAGAUCUGGUUCCAGUCGUCACACUCGAUAUGGUUCCGCUGCUCGUUGAUAAUGACGGGGCUGACGUCGCCAAACUCGACGAUGAUGUGAUAGACGAUAGAGCCGAAGCGAUACUAGACGAAACGCUGGAAGCCGAGCUCGAGACGACGCUAGACAGGGAGCUUGCCGAAAAUGAGACAACACUGGCCGACGAGCUCACUGAUAGGACAGAAGAGGAACCCAGACUUGACGAAGAAGAGCUCAGGCUUGAUGAGAGGGAGCUCGAUACCGACGAAGAGAGACUUGAUGCGGAAGAGGAGAGCGUCGAAGGACUUGAUGUUGGGGAGCUCAGUGUCGGAGAUGUCAGACUUGAUGAAGUCAAGCUCGUGGAAGGCAAUGUCGAGAGACUUAGUGUCGAGGAACUCAGAGUUGAAGAAGUCAACGUUGAUGAGCUCAGAGUAGAAGAAGUCAGCGUCGAGCUCAGCGUCGAAGAAUUCUGUGUCGACGAGGUCGAUGUCGAUGAACUGUGUGUCGAGGAACUCAGGGUCGAGGAACUCAGGCCCGAUGAAGUCACAGUCGAAGAACUCGAGGUUGGUGAAGUCAGCGACGAAGAGAUCAACGUUGAUGAGGCCGGGGUAGAGGAACUCAGAGUAGAAGAAUUCAGGGUCGAAGAGUACAAUGUCGACGAGCUCAGACUUGACGAAGUCACAGUCAGGGAACUCGAGGUUGGUGAACUCAGUGUCACGGACGUCAACGUUGAAGAAGUCAGCGUCGAGGAAGUCAGCGUUGAUGAUGAGGGACUUGAUGUGGAGAACGAAACUGAUGAUGUCGCUGUCGUCGCUGUCGUUACUGUCGUCGCUGUAGUAAGGGUGGUCACUGUCGUCGCUGUAGUAAGAGUGGUCACUGUUGUAGCUGUCGUGGCGGUCGUGGCUGUCGUCGGGGUUGUGGCUGUCGUGGCCGUAGUAGGAGUUGCCAGAACAGAGCUAGACGAAGACGAUCCACUAGACGAAAUACUGCUCAAUACUGAAGAUGACGAGGAAGACGAGAGCGAACUUGACACGCUGCUACUCGAGGAGGAAGAAACUGAGCUCGAAGCUGAGGAUGAUCCCGAUAGUGAAGCGGCGAUUGCACCAGCUGAACUGCUCAACAGAGAAGACGUCGACGAGGAAACGCUGCUCGAUGAAGAUGAAGACAGACUGCUGCUUCUCGAUGAAGAGAGACUUGAACUGCUGCUAGAUGAUGCUGACGAACUGCUGCUAGAUACUGACGAACUGCUCGAGGAUGAAACGCUCGAAGACGAGCUAGAAAAGCUCGAAGAGGUAGGAGAGGAUGUGGGAGUGACGCUGGACGAGGAAGUAGACGAAGAAGUGGUGCUCACCGAGGUAGAGGUCAAUGUAGAGGAACUCAGUGUCGAAGAAGUCAAAGUCGAGGAAGUCAGAGAUGAGGAAGUCAGAGAUGAGGAAGUCGACGAGGUAGUCGACGAGGUAGUCGACGAGGUAGUCGACGAGGUAGUCGACGAGGUAGUCGACGAGGUAGUCGGUGUCGUCGCUGUUGUAGGCGCGGUAGCCGUUGUAGGCGUGGUACCUGUCGUGGGUGUUGUAGCUGUUGUGGGCGUCGUAGCGGUCGUGGGUGUGGUGGCCGUCGUAGGAGGAUACUGA